AUGUGGGCUGGCGCGGCCUGCCAGACCUUGGUAGUGAGGCGCACCGCUACCAGGACCCUACGGGCCGCGCUCGCAGCCCUGGAGGACCUCGCGGCUCCCGAGGCAGCUGCCUGCGCCAUCUGCCAGCGCACAUUCCGCGACCCGGUUCGUGCCGACUGCGGCCACCGUUUCUGCCGGGCGUGCGUGGUACAGUUCUGGGCGGAGGAGGACGGGCCCUUCCCGUGCCCUGAGUGCGCCGACGAUUGCUGGCAGCGCGCCGUGGAGCCCGGCCGUCCUCCGCUCAGCCGUCGCCUGCUGGCGCUCGAGGUGGCCGCCGCGGGGUCUGCGCGCGACGCCCCGGAGAAUAAGGGAUCUGUGGAGAUCAUGAGAAAGGAUCUGAAUGACGCUCGAGAUCUGCAUGGCCAGGCGGAGUCGGCAGCUGCUGUGUGGAAGGGCCAUGUGAUGGAUCGAAGGAAGAAGGCACUGACUGAUUAUAAGAAGCUACGUGCAUUUUUUGCUGAGGAAGAAGAGCAUUUCUUACAGGAGGCAGAGAAAGAGGAGGCGGCUCUGGAGGAUGAGGGUGCUGAUCCAGCAGAGCGAUUCAAGUCCCUGCUGCAGGCUGUCUCGGAGCUGGAGAAGAAGCACCGCAACCUGGGUCUCAGCAUGCUGCUUCAGGUGUGCUGCUUAUCCAUUUCUUGA